AUGGGAGUUGUGGACUUCUCGGUGCUGGGCGCUCUGCAGAAGGUCAGAUCCUUCGUCGCCGGCGCCGCGCCGGCUGAAGCCGCAGACGGCCGCCCGCCCGCCACGCCGAGGUCGCGUAGCGGGGGGCCCUCCCCAGAGAACUCGCCGCCGCCCGCGGGGACGAGAUCUGGAGGCAGACGCGCCAUCGCCCUGCGCCGGCAGAUCUCCUCGCCGCAGCUGCUCCGCUGCCGCGCUGUCAGGCGAGCAGAUGAUGAGGACGAUGAUGAGCCUGGGGUUCAGUUUUUCAACCCUGGGAAUGACUUCAUACAUGACUUUUCAGAUAUAGAUUCUGUUAGUGUUAGUACCCCUAAUGAGAUCAACCGGUCCCUGACCCCAAGCCCCUUGGAGAGCCCGACUUGGAUGGUGAAGCAGAACGACAGCUCAUCGAUAUCCAGGAAGAAUGGCCGUUCCAGCCCGGAUUCUCCUGGAUAUGGUACAAAGGCGAGUUUAGGAUCUGAUGGUUCACUGCAACAGAUGAAUGGUAGCUUCACUGACAGUGGUGGAGAAGGAAGCAAAACUCAAUAUCCUGUUGAUUUCGGUGCCAAUAUUUGGUCCCCACCACCACCAGAAGAUGAGGGGGAUGAUAUUGAAUCGAGGUUAUUUGGAUUCGAUGAUGACGAUGAUGAGGUUGGGGAUUCAAGCAGGCUUCUUGUUUCUGGUAGCUUUAGUGCUAACAAAAUAGCUGGUAUUGACGAAGUCACAAACAUUGCUCAGAAAGAGGGUCUGAAGACUGCAGUGCUCGGUCAUUUCCGAGCUCUUGUGGCUCAAUUACUGAAGGCAGAAGGCAUCGAUAUGGGAAACGAUGAUGGGUCUAAAAAUUGGCUUGAUAUUGUGUCAUCCUUAACUUGGCAAGCCGCAAGCUAUGUGAGGCCAGAUACCAAGAAAGGAGGCAGCAUGGAUCCUACUGAUUAUGUGAAGGUCAAAUGUAUAGCAUCAGGGGAUCCAAGAGAUAGUAAUUUUGUUCGAGGAGUUGUUUGCUCCAAGAAUGUAAAACACAAACGCAUGGUCUCUGAGCACAGGAAUGCAAAAUUGCUCAUUUUAGGGGGCGCACUUGAGUACCACAAGGUUCCUAAUAAACUAGCGUCUAUUAACAGGAUACUUGAACAGGAGAAGGAGCACAUGAAAAUGAUUGUUGGAAAGAUCGAGUCCCGGCGACCUAAUGUUGUGCUAGUUGAGAAAAGUGUCUCAUCUUCUGCUCAGGAGCUCUUCUCGAAAGAUAUUUCGUUAGUUCUGAAUGUUAAGAGGACACUUUUGGACAGGAUAUCAAGGUGCACAGGGGCACAAAUUGCAUCAGUUGACAGUAUUGCUUCAGCACGGCUAGGUCAAUGUGAAGUGUUCAAGGUGCAAAAAGUUACAGAAUUUCCAUCAGCUAAACAGACAGAUAGGAGAUCAAGCAAGACACUGAUGUUCUUUGAAGGCUGCCCUUGGCGUUUGGGUUGCACGGUUCUACUGAGAGGGUCAUGUUGGGAGGAGCUUAAGAGGAUUAAGCGUGCUGUACAACUUGCAGUCUUUGCUGCUUAUCACCUUUCUCUUGAAACAUCAUUCUUUGCAGAUGAAGGUGCAACUCUUCCUAAAUUUCCCUUGAGACAUGUGGUAGUUGAGCCAGGUAUAAGAAACUGCACAAAUAACAAUUCUGCUGCAUCGGCCACUAUUGGUAUGCCUCCUCAUGGACGUACAUCAGAACAGGACAAACUCUCAGAGACUGCUAUGGUCAACAUGAUGUUUGAAAAUACCUCUGUAUCACCUAGUUCAUUACCAUUGAAUGAGGAAGGCCAUGGGUUUGUGGGUGCAUGUGAGCAUAAAGAAACUGAAUAUUCUGUUGAUCAUAAGAACCCUUGUGAGCAUUGUGUAUCCUGUGCAACUGGUUCAUGCAAUGGGCAUGAAACAUCGUUAUGUUCACUGGAUCAUGACUCAAGGAUGCAGAAUCAGAAUUUGCAGAACUCUGCAAAGCUUACAUCAGAUGCUCACCAAGAUGAGCCUCUGGCAAAGAAAUGUCAACAAGUAGAUCACUGGAAUAAAAAAUCACAUGAUGAUCACUCAUCAGACCAGCAUGACCUGAAUGAAUUUUCUGGUGAAUACUUUCCUGGUACUGACAAUCAUCAGAGCAUCUUAGUUUCGCUGUCCAGUACUUGUAUCCCAAAAGGCUUCGUAUGCGAGCGUUCCCAUCUGUUCCGCAUCAAGUUUUAUGGUAGCUUUGAUAAACCACUUGGGAGAUACCUCCGGGAAGACUUAUUUGAUCAGGCAUAUUGCUGUCAGUCAUGCAAAGAGCCAUCAGAAUCACAUAUCAGGUGUUAUACUCACCAGCAUGGUAGCUUAACAAUUUGUGUUCACCGACUUCGAUCUCGAAAGUUGCCUGGUGAGCGUGAUGGAAGGAUAUGGAUGUGGCACAGGUGCCUCAAGUGCAAACCUAAGGACGGUGUUCCACCUGCCACACGAAGGAUAAUCAUGUCUGAUGCUGCCUGGGGUCUGUCGUUUGGGAAAUUCCUAGAGCUAAGUUUCUCAAACCAUGCUACUGCCAACCGAGUUGCAAGCUGUGGGCAUUCACUCCAGAGGGACUGCCUUCGUUUUUAUGGGUAUGGAAACAUGGUGGCAUUCUUCAGAUAUUCUCCUGUUGACAUCCUCUCAGUUAACCUUCCUCCAUCAGUACUGGACUUCAACUCUCGUAGUCCACAGGAGUGGCUAAAAAGGGUGGCAGUUGAGAUAUUUGGCAAAAUGGAAGCCUUGCAUGUGGAGGUGUCUGAAUUUCUUCACCGUACUGAAAAAAACAUUGUUACUGAGGAUGAACCUGUGAAGGAAUGUGUUCAAAGGCAGAUUGUCGAGAUGAAGGAUUUGCUUAAAAUGGAAAGAAAUGAAUAUGAGAUAUUGCUUUUACCAGUCAUGAGUGAAAGCAAUCACCCCAUGCAGACAUCAAUUGAUAUUCUGGAGCUCAACCGCUUGAGGCGUGGUCUUCUUCUUGAUGCCUACAUUUGGGAUCGGAGGCUAUGUCAUGUAGACUCAGUUCUUAAAACACAUGGCCAUGUUUCAAAAACCAAUCCAGACAACCUUGAUGUUCUCUUAUACACCAGACUGAAGGAAUGGAAAGCUGAUUUGCUUUCUGGGGAUACUGAGAUUGGAAAAUCUUUAGGAAGUCCAAGGAAAUCUUUGUUAUCCAGAGAGGGCCAUUUGAAUGAUAAUGAAUACAGUGUUGCUGAUACAAAUUUAGAGAUUUGUUUGGAGGGUCAUCCUGUGGAUGAUGCAGAGGAUCUUGACAAAGUCUACAACAAAUUCAAUGGAGGAAAAAAGUGGCCUAUUGCUGAAUCUACUGAUGGUUUGGAACCUGUUGAGAGGUUACCCUCACUUGCAUCGAUUUUUUCUGAUAAUAUCGAUUUGGCAUGGACUGGGUCUUGUGAUUUGCAGUAUGAUCUUCCACAAGCUUUCACCAAAAUUGAUGACAAUGUAUCCUUUAAUUUGGACAGUCCAAACUACAACAAUAUAGUAACCCCUGUUAGAAUUCACUCGUUUAAUUCUACACUGGGGUUGCGGCAGAGAGAACGAACUGGAUUAGCUCCAGCUUCUUUGCAUCUACCAUCAUUCAAAUCUGCUGAGUACUUUGGGGGUAUGACAAGCAUCCUGAAGGACCCAAUGCCAAAUAUACGAAGGGCCUGUUCUCAAAGGUCUCCUGGGGUGAUAGAGAAAUUAAAUGUUGUUCUUGCACGCACACCCACAUAUAUCUCAUCUGCUUCAAAUAUGAUCGAUGAUGGGGCACGGUUACUAUUACCCCAAAUUGGAUAUGAAGAUGUUGUCGUGGCAGUAUAUGAUGAUGAGCCCACCAGUAUUAUAUCAUAUGCCAUGACAUCAGAAGAAUAUGUACAACAAGUAACACACAGACUGAAUUCCAGUUUGAGUUUUUCUCAUCUGCCAAAUACUACUGAGAUCAGCAGCCAUGGACUUGAGGCGCCCUCACCCUCUCAACAAGACCAUUUGCAUUCGAAAGGAACUCAUUUUAGGUUUUCCUUUGAUGAUGACUCACUGAUUUCUCCAGAUAAAACAAAGUUCUCUGUGAUCUGCUAUUUUGAAAAGCAUUUUGCUGCGCUUAGAAAGAAAUGCUGUCCCAAAGACAUUGAUUACAUACGUUCUCUAAGUCGCUGCAAGAGAUGGAAUGCGCAGGGUGGAAAAAGCAAUGUUUACUUUGCAAAGACGAUGGAUGAAAGGUUCAUAAUCAAACAAGUCACGAGAACAGAGCUGGAGUCUUUUGUAGAAUUUGCUCCUCAGUACUUCAAGUAUUUAAUGGAAUCCUUGACUUCUGGUAGCCCAACUUGCCUGGCCAAAAUAGUAGGGUUAUAUCAGGUUAGUGUUAAGGGCAUGAAAGCUGGGAAGGAAGUGAGGAUGGAUCUGAUGGUGAUGGAGAAUAUUUUCUUUGAAAGGAAGAUAUCUCGGGUGUAUGACCUAAAGGGUUCAUUGCGCUCACGCUACACAGCUGGGGACAGUAAAGUCCUCUUGGAUUCAAACCUCAUAGAGGCAUUGCAUACUAAGCCUAUAUUUUUGGGGAGCAAGGCAAAACGAAGAUUGGAAAGAGCUGUCUGGAAUGAUACUUCAUUUCUUGCGUUGGCGGAUGUCAUGGAUUACUCUCUCCUUGUUGGAAUCGACGAGGAGAAGAAAGAGCUCGUCAUUGGCAUCAUCGACUACUUGCGCCAAUACACCUGGGACAAGCAGCUGGAGACCUGGGUGAAGGCCUCAGGUAUUCUUGGUGGCCCCAAAAACGAAUCCCCUACCGUCAUAUCUCCAAUUCAGUAUAAGAAGAGAUUCAGGAAGGCCAUGUCCAAGUACUUCCUCACUGUCCCCGACCAGUGGUCCUCUUGA